AUGUCGGCAAGCCAAGUAAGAUUUCGGAUCGACAACACAGAUCACAUUAUUGACGUAAACAAGAAUAAUCUUCCAUUUGAGUACGACCAAGUCAACAUCAUCUGUCCCGUCUACCCUCACUCGAACCAAGGAACUAAAUCCGAAGAAGAAGAGGAAGAGGAUUCAGAACGAUACAUCAUUUAUAAUGUUUCUAAAGAGGAAUACGACUCGUGUCGGAUUACGAACCCUAAUCCUCGGAUCAUUGCGGUCUGUGAUAAACCAAAUCAGCUUAUGUACUUCACUAUCACUUUUAGAUCUUUCACACCGCAGCCCGGCGGGCUGGAAUUUUUGCCCGGUAACGACUACUACUUUGUCUCCACAUCAACAGGUGAUAUGGAAGGGCUACAUCAGCGUGUUGGAGGAAGGUGUGCGACACAUAACAUGAAAGUCAUUUUUAAAGUAUGUUGCAGCCCUGGAAAAGGUACAAAUCCAGGAAACUCCUCCAGCCAGCAGACGUCAACUGUUAACGUGUCUGUGCCGGCUUCUGCAAGCCCCAGUGCCCACAGUAACAACAGUUCUGCAAGGCCAUUGGAAAGUAAACCGUACGACAGGAACUUUCCUGUCCACCCGGGAAGUAUACCCACGCACCCUACAGUUGCCCCUAAGGGUGUGCCAGUUGUUGUGCCCUCUAGGAUACCUCCACGGCACCCGAGGCCAAACGAAAGACCCAUCGAAGAUGAGAUGGACAGAUCGCCCCCCACAGAUAGAAAUAAAGCCGAAGAAGAAAAAGUCCCGAAGAGGGAUCGUGCGAAGAAAGAUGAACUGGUGAACUCUCUGUCCCACAGGUGGAGUCUUCACCAAGGAGCUUAUUUUUGCAUCGUGAUUUGCCAGCUCUACCAAAUGCUGCUGCGACAGCUGCACAGGUGA